AGCCCUCCAAGCCAGACACACACGGCCGCCGCAGCCGAGAUGGCCGCCGGAGAUGCCGCCCACGCGCCGCCGGCCGCCGAAGCGCAGUCUCUCGUGGAGUCCUUCUGCGCCGUCACCUCGGCGACCCCCGACGAGGCGGCCUUCUUCCUCGAGGGCCACAACUGGGCCCUCGAGUCCGCCGUUCGCUCCUUCUACGACAACACGGAGGUCGACGCCGAUGGCCCCGAUCCGGCGCCCCAGCCCCUGCCCCCGCCCCCGCCCCCGGCCUCUGCCGAUGGCGCGGACUCCGAGGACGAGGACUACGCGGGCGGCGGCGACAAGGAUGAGGACGACGAGGACUACGUGGGCGGCGGCGGUGACGACGACGACGACGAGGAUGCCGCCCUCGCCGCUGCGUCCGCGGCGGUGGAUGAGAGGAGGAGGAGGAGGCCCGCGAAGAGGCAGAAGAGGAGCCACCAAGCGCGGGGCGGGAGCGAGGGCGCGAGUGGGAGGGGGACUGUGAGGACCCUCUCCGAUCUCGGAGGCGGCAAGGGGCGCGCGGGGUCGGACGAAGACGAGGACUCGGACGACGACGAGUGGGCGCCACCCCCUGAGUUGUACACCGGCGGCGAGAGGAGCGGAAUGGCUGUUAGAGAUCGAUCCAAACGCAAAAAUGUUGCGGAUGAGGUUUUCAAGCAAGCUAUGAGGAAGGGAGCUAAGCAAGGCCCAGCUCGCCGGCAACCUUCUAGUUCAAGGAGCUUUCCUGGGGCUAGCAGAAUUCUAGCAGGUGAAACUGUACAACCUGACGCACCACAGCCACCAGAGGAAAUUGUUCACGACAUCUACUUCUGGAGCAAUGGGUUCACAGUAGACGAUGGUCCACUCAGAAGUUUCGACGACCCAGAGCAUGCAUCCUUUUUAGAGAGCAUCAAGAACUCUGAAUGCCCAACUGAGCUUGCGCUGGCUGAUCGGAGGUCUAAGGUGAAUGUAAAUCUUAUCCGUAAAGAAGAAAAAUGUCCUGAGCCAGUCAAGCGCCCUGCUCCAUUUCAAGGAGGGGGAAGAACUCUCGCGGCACCUUCUGAAAAUUCUGCUCCUUCGGAUAUCACUCCUGCGUCUGCUGCUGCUGCUGCUGCUAGCACUGCGACCACCACCGCGCCCAAGAUUAUCACAGUGGACGAUUCUCUGCCGUCAACCUCUCUCCAGAUCAGGUUUGCAGACGGCAGCCGUGUGGUUGCGCGCUUCAACACAAGCCACACGAUCAGUGACGUGCGGGCGUUCAUCGACACGACAAGGCCAGGAGAAACAAGCGACUACACGUUACAGGUCGGAUUCCCCCCGAAGCCGCUCGACGACGUGACCAAGACCAUCGAGGAAGCCGGCGUGGCCAACUGGGUCAUCAUCCAGAGAGUCUGAGCUCAACAGGCUGUUGACCCCACGUUGUCGAACUCAUCAUCCGUCCGUCCGUCCCAAGCGUGCACAUUUCCUUGCCCUUUUGUCCGUCCCUGAGCUCUCUUGGAUUUUAGCUUUUGAGCCAGCCGCCCCUCGGGUAUUAAGAUUUGUAAAAAUCGGCAAGAUCUGGGUACCCGUCCGUCUUAUUCAUCAUCUACUAUAGCGUAAGUAUACUUGGCUUGCA